UCUUUAAAACGCAAGAAACGGUUACACUGAAACGAUCAAAAGUGAAUCAUUGCGCGUAGCAAAAUCGGCGGAUAAGCGAAAUUAAACAACAAAAGAAAUCAAAUCGGCUCUGCCGCUGCAGUUAAAACCCAAAAAAUAGCGGUGCUUUUGGGUUAAUAUUAAAAAAAACCCAAAAACAGCGUCUGCAGAUCUCCUGUGUGUGCGUGCGUGCCUGUGCGCAUGUGUGGUGUGUUCGUGUGAAAGGAAGAGAGGUGGAAACACAAAAAACGAAAAGAGUAGAAAAAAAGUGUACAGCCGACGACGCGCAGACGCAUCUCGAAAGCCGCCGAAAAUCGCGAGUGAAAAGUGCGGAAAUCGCCGGAAAAGCGAAAAAGCACUGUUGCCAAGUUACCGGAUCGAAACGCGAUAAAGACAUAAAGCCAAUAUGGGUUGUGCCGUGAGUACAGCACGCGAUAAAGAGGCCAUCGAACGGUCCAAGAACAUCGAUCGCGCCUUGAGGGCGGAGGGCGAGAGGGCCGCCUCGGAGGUGAAACUGCUGCUGCUGGGAGCCGGCGAGUCUGGCAAAUCGACGAUAGUGAAGCAGAUGAAGAUCAUCCACGAUGCGGGUUACUCGCAGGAGGAGUGUGAGGAGUACCGUCGCGUGGUCUUCAGCAACACGGUGCAGAGUUUGAUGGUGAUCAUCCGGGCCAUGGGUCGUUUAAAGAUCGAGUUUGCCGAUCCCGGCAAGACGGACAUUGCCCGCCAGUUCUUCACACAUGCCUCCGCCGCCGAUGAGGGAAUCCUGCUGCCCGAGAUUGUCCUUCUGAUGAAGAAACUUUGGGCGGACGGGGGUGUCCAGCAGAGUUAUGCCCGCUCCCGCGAAUAUCAGCUGAAUGAUUCGGCGGGAUACUACCUCAACUCGCUGGAUCGCAUUGCGCAACCAAAUUACAUACCCACCCAACAGGAUGUGCUGCGAACCCGUGUUAAAACCACUGGAAUCAUCGAGACGCACUUCUCCUGCAAACAGCUGCACUUCAAACUCUUUGAUGUGGGCGGCCAGCGAUCGGAGCGCAAAAAGUGGAUCCAUUGCUUCGAGGGCGUUACGGCCAUUAUCUUCUGCGUAGCACUAUCAGGUUACGAUCUGGUCUUGGCGGAGGACGAAGAGAUGAAUCGCAUGAUCGAAUCCCUCAAGCUGUUUGACUCCAUCUGCAACUCCAAGUGGUUCGUGGAAACCUCCAUAAUCCUUUUCCUCAACAAGAAGGAUCUGUUUGAGGAGAAGAUCAAGCGAUCUCCCCUGACGAUAUGCUUCCCAGAGUACACAGGUACCAACACUUUCGAGGAGGCGGCCAACUAUAUUCGCAUGAAGUUCGAAAAUCUCAACAAGCGAAAAGACCAAAAGGAGAUCUAUACGCAUCUCACCUGCGCCACGGAUACGAACAAUGUUAAGUUCGUUUUUGAUGCCGUCACCGAUGUGAUCAUCAAGAAUAAUUUAAAACAAAUUGGUUUAUUCUAAGGGGCGGCUGAUCACAAGAUCAUCAUUAUUAAGAUUGCGUCGUAGUAUUAAAGGAUAACGCGCAUCAACAUUUCCAUUAAACGCUAAGAAUACGAUACAUUUACGCUCUACAUAUACGUAAUCGUAUGCUCCAUACAUGUUUUAAAUGCUUUACAUGCUUGACACACGUAAUUUUAAUAACCGAUUUGGUUGCCAGUAGUCGCGGAACAAAUAACCAACUGCAAUUUAGUUAACCGUGUCCAUUAAAUUGCACCUGUAAGUUAACUAAUUUAAAUAUUAGCCUAACGAAUGUAAAGUACGCAAAGGACAGCCGAUGGGUUUUGUAUAUCCUAACCUAUGAACUCCAUCGGCUCCCUUUCGAAUUUAGUUAAGUUUCGCGGGCUAAUGUCAUUUCCUUAAAGGGAAACCCCUUGAAAUCAGAUCGUGCAGAGGGGCCUUUUGGGACUUGCCAUUUGCAUGACGUUCUAUUUUUUGCCAAGAGCUUGACAGCCGUAUUUAAGGUGAACCUAGGCCUGGAGUUGUAAGCCCUAAAAUGUAACUAGUUAACUUACUAAUAUGUUUAGUAAUAGCAUAAAUAAAAGACAAUUUAUAAAAAAUA